AUGUCAAGUUUUCAUCGUAUCCGUCAAUCAUGGCGUCGAUCAAUUGGCUAUUUAGGUCUAUUCGGGGUCACAACGGUCACCAUCAUCAAUGCUACAUCGCGGUAUAAUGAUAAUAUUCAAGUGCAUGAUGCGUUUUCAAAUCAUUCACAUGAGCAAAACAAAAGGCAUGUGCUCUCCGGAAUGCACGAUCCAUUCAUUACUACCGAUUUACAUGAAUUAGAACUAUUUCAGAAGCAUUUUUCACACUUCUUCUACCUAUUUCACAUAGAUCUUGAUAUCUUGAAGCAAAAAUAUGCUUUAAAGACUCCUGUCAAGAUUCGACCCUAUACAGAAUGUCCUAUCCAAUUUCAAUCAUCCGUUCGUAAUCAGAAAACAUUGAUUGUUGGCGGUCCACCAGCAUUAGUCACUGGUGUCUCUAUGGUGCAAACUGAAAAAGAUAUAACUUAUAUCAAUGAUGAACGACGAAUACCGAUCGCUUUCGGUUCCGCCUGGCAUUUGGAACAAGAUGCGGAAUCAGAGGCACCCACUGCAUAUCGACCUACGAAAUUCUUAGUCGAACAACUCGUUCGCGCGAUAUUUCGAUACGUCAGUUACGCAUCGAUUCAGCAAACCGGUCACUUCCCAUGGAGAACGUUAGAUUGGAUCAGUUGGCUACGGCAUCCUGAUCAUUGGUUUGUUGGAUUUAAAAUAGGGCUAGCCUUUCAGUUGUUCACUAUAUUCGAAGAUCGAACGACUAUGUUGAAAAAAGUUGCUGCACAAUGUAUUGCAAAUGAAAAGUUUUUCGAACGUUUAAAUCAGGAAUUGGAUGGCAAACUUCUUUUACCUGAAAAAGGAUCGAUUUGGGUUGCCCGAACCAGUGAGGAAAUUUCAGAACUACAAACGUUGAAAGCAGCUUUAGAAAACGAAGGUAGAACUUUUAGAAUUUUAUCCAAGGAAGAAAUGCUUCAACGCUAUGGCUUCAUUCCCAAUGGUCAGAUGUAUGGCGAAAAACAACAUGAUAGAGUCAUGUUCUCGAACUUUAUGAAGAUACUCAUUAAUUAUAUUCGAAAUCAAGGAGGCAAAUUUAUUGAUGGAACACUUACUACGAUCUAUGUUGACGAUCAGCAGUCAGGAGGUAUCGCUGAAUAUGACACACCUGAUGGUCAAAAACAUUAUCUCCCGUUUUCUCGCUUAAUUCUAUCGCUGGGUAACCAGCCGAUUAUUGGCAAAAAUAAUAGGCCUUUGUUUGAUGUUGUUGCUGCUCGAGGAGUAUCAAUAUUGGCACAUGUCUACGUACCCUUAGAUUAUCGACUACCUCCUGUUUUGGUUUGUGGUGAAACAAAUGAUGCGACAAAAUUAUCCGAAAAUCCUGCGCAAGUGAAAGAUUCUCAAGGAAAGAUUUACAAUUUGUAUUUGAUGCGAUUCACCGCCGGAGCCUGCAUUACACCGAAUGUUUCCGAUGAAAGUGCUGCCAACUAUGACGGAACGAUUGCUGUGGGCCUAGUCACUGCGGUACGAAAAACAUUAGGCGAAUCAUGUCGAAUCGAACCGCUCCUUGUACAUGGUUGUAAUCGACAAGUCUGUCGUUAUGGACAGAUUUCUUGGAUUGAACCGUUUCCCGGAAUUCAUGUGCAAUACGGAGCGGCUGGAGGUGGUCUCACACGAGCACCGGAUUUUGUAGCACGACUGGCUUCAUAUAGUUCGUCUCCUUAA